GCCCCACUGCCAGCCUCCUUGCAGCCCCCGCGUGGGGCCCAAGCCCCAUCCUGAGGUCGGUGCCGGGGGGGUGAGGGCUGCCGGGGGGGGGUGGGCAGCACAGAGCCGCCUCACACCGCCGGGGUAAAAUUCGUCACCCGCGUGUUCAAAGCCGGCUGCCCUCAGCCCCCCCCGGCCUUUGAAGUGCUGCUGAUGCUGGCCACGAAGGUGCCACUUCACACCUCUGGCCCUGCAUAAAGCCAGGGCGGCCGGGGGACACCGGCACUCGGCCCCACAGCCAUGGCCCGCUCGGCAGCCCCUGGCCUCCCGCUCCCCGCCACCGCCCUGCUGCAGGACUGGGGCUGCCGCGGACCCCCGGACCCCGAGGGCUACAGCAGCAGCUCGCCUGCACCCUCGCCCGACUCCUGCGGCCUCUCGUCCCCCGCCACCACCCGGGGACCCUGCCGCGGCCCCGCCACCCCUCGCCUGCGAGGCGGCUCCAGGGGCAGAAAGGGGGUGCGGGGCCCGGGGCCGGGGGGCCCGCGGCAGAGCGCCAGCGAGCGGGAGAAGCUGCGGAUGCGGCGGCUGGCGCAGGCGCUGCUGAGGCUGCGGCACUACCUGCCGCCCGCGCUGGUGCCCGCGGGGCAGAGCCUGACCAAGAUCGAGACCCUGCGCCUCGCCAUCCGCUACAUCGCCCACCUCUCGGCCCUGCUGGGGCUCAGCGAGGAGGCGCUGGCCCGGCGGCGGGGGGCGGCCCCCCGGCACUGCCCCCUCUGCCCACAGGGUCUGGGGUGCUGCCAGGCCCCGGACCCCCGCCUGCACCCACCAGCCCCAGCCCCACGGGAUGCUUCACCCCCUGAUACUGUGGGCUGGGGGUCCUCUCCUAUGGUGGGGACGUCCCUGGAUCUUCACGGGGCUCCUGGCAUGGGGACGGGUGCCUGGGGAUCACCCCCGUGUGGCUCUGCUGCGGGGUCCCCCCCAGAGGUGCUUGGGGUUCCCGACACGGGCAUGGAGGCCUGGGGGUCGCCCCCCUACAUCCCUGUGGUUGGGACCCCCUCGGAGCUGCACGGGGCUGUCGCCUCCAGCGUGUCCUCCUGGCUGUCCCCUCCUCACUGCGCAGGGGCAGGGGCCCCCCCAGACCUCCUCGGCAGCCCCCUCCUGGACGCGGGGCUGAUGCUGCCGGAGUUCGUGGAUGCAGGGACAGGCACCCAGGACCUCUCCACGGACCUGUUCUCCCUCCUGGAGGCUCUGCUCCCGCCACAGCCCCAGGACUGACACGGAUGAG